UGAGAGCUUCUUCUUCUUCAUGAGAUAAUUUCUGUUUCUGCCAUUAUUGAUCUCAUCUAUUCUUCAAAUAUUCUCUCCUCCUUCUCUUCCUCGGAGGUGGAGGGUUUGUUUCUUACUUCUCCCGAGUGACUCACCCUCUGGGAGGAUUAGGCGUUCCCGGUUCAACCUGGGAAUUUUAAACUUCAAUUUCUGAAACUCUGUUGUUUUUCUUUUCUUUUUAUUUUGACCCUUCCCUUCAGAAUUCAUUGCAGAAACCAAGCGUUGACAGCUCAAGAGAUUUUCACUUUCUCACAUGCAACGUUGGAUUCGAAGUUUUAGGUGUUUCUUGGGGUGAAAUUGCCUUCUCCUAGGAAUUUGGAUCUCUGUACGCGGAGAACAACGCCGGAUUUUCCAUUUCCGGCGGAUUUUUCCGGGAUAGUGGUUAGAUUUAGGGGUUUAUCGUGGUUUCAAGCAAUGUUUCCCCAGGCAUUGUUCGAAUUCGGGGAGCACCGAUAUUUGGAUAUGAUUCGUGUUGAAUUAUAAUUUCAAAGAAGAGAGGUUUUGCCUGAUUUCUUUACCCGAAAAGAUGUUAUCCGUUUCGCCUUCUCGGAGCCGGCUCGAAGAAAUGCUGGAGGCUCUCCAGCGUAGGACUGGAUACGAUAAGCCAAAAGACUUGCCGCCGGAGCUGCCGGCUCGGCCAAAAUCCACACCUAGAACUAGGCCACCAUCCGUCAAGAGACCGUUGCCGAGAAGCUUGGAAACAGCGGAUGCUGAACUCAGUAGCUCAUGGAAUUGUAAUCCUAAGAAAGAAAUUGUUAGAGACUUCAGAGGGAACAGUUCCGAGGCUAAGAAAGGUAAGGAAACGGAGCUGGGCGAAUCACCUUACGGCAUGCCACCACAAGGGAACGACAAUAAACGGAUUUUGGAGCGAAGAGUUGGUAUGAAGCUUGCAAAUUCAUCUCCCCGUUUGCUCCCCAAGUCUCGUGAGGCCGAGUGGGCUGACACCAUUGAUUAUUUCAUCAAGGAGAAAUUUCGUAUUUGGUGUCGUGAACAAAAUGGACAGUGGGAAUUAGGAACAAUACUUUCAACUACAGGAGAAAUAGCUUCUGUACUGUUUUCAGAUGGAAAUGUCAUGAAAGUUCCCACUGGAGAGAUCUUACCUGCAAAUCCAGAUAUUCUUGAUGGGGUUGAUGAUCUCAUACAACUAAGUUAUCUGAAUGAGCCAUCAGUUCUUCAUAACUUUCAACAUCGAUAUUCUUGUGGAGCAAUAUAUUGUAAGGCAGGUCCUCUUUUAAUAGCAGUCAAUCCCUUAAGAGAUGUUGACAUGCAUGGGAAUGAAUUUGUUACGGCUUACCAGCAAAAGCAGAUGAGUAGUCCUCAUGUAUUUUCUAUUGUUGAUACAGCCUACACUGCAAUGAUGGAAGAUGGAAAAAAUCAUUCUGUCAUCAUCAGUGGAGAAACUGGAUCUGGAAAGACAGAAACAGCAAAAAUUGCUAUGCAGUACUUGGCUGCACUUGGUGAAGUUAGCGAUGAGAUGGAGUCUAAACUGCAGCAGACAAGUUGUAUACUAGAGGCAUUUGGAAAUGCCAAAACACAUGGGAAUUACAAUUCCAGUCGUUUUGGAAAAUUAAUUGAGAUUCAUUUUAACACAAGAGGAAAACUAUGUGGUGCCAAAGUACAUACUUUUCUUCUUGAAAAGUCAAGAGUGGUUCAACUGCCUCAGGGAGAGAGGUCAUACCAUAUCUUUUACCAGCUUUGUGCUGGGGCUCCAUCUGGUCUCAAAGAUAAGCUGAAGAUAAAAGGGGCAACUGAGUACAAUUAUCUUAACCAAAGUGACUGCUUGGUUUUAAAUGGUGUUGAUGAUGCUAAGAAGUUUCAUAUGCUUAUGGAAGCCCUAAACACCGUCAAGAUUUGCAAAGCAGAUCAAGAGAGAGUUUUUCAGAUGCUCUCUGCAGUAUUAUGGCUGGGAAAUAUAUCAUUUGAAGUGAUUGACAAUGAAAACCAUGUUGAAGCUGUGUCGGGUGAAGCUGUUACCAAUGCUGCUAGCUUGAUAGGUUGCAGUGCCCAGGACCUCAUAUGCGCUUUAUCAUCCCGUAGAGUACAAGCUGGCCAGGAGAAGGUUGCCCAGAGGUUAACAAUACAACAAGCAAUUGAUACGAGAGAUGCAUUGGCAAAAUUCAUCUAUGGAAGCUUGUUUGAUUGGCUAGUAGAUGAGAUUAAUAAAUCGCUUGCAGUAGGGGAACACCUUACAUACACAUCCAUAAGUAUUCUAGAUAUUUAUGGUUUUGAAUCAUUUAAGAAUAAUGGCUUUGAACAGUUUUGCAUAAACUAUUCAAAUGAGAGGCUUCAGCAGCAUUUUAAUCGUCAUCUAUUCAAACUUGAACAAGAGGUAUAUGAGCUGGAUGGAAUUGAUUGGACAAGAGUAGAAUUUAAAGACAAUCAAGAGUGUUUAGAUCUUUUUGAGAAGAAACACAUUGGGCUUAUCUCUUUACUUGAUGAAGAAUCAAAUUCCCUUGAAGCUAAUCAUUUAAGCUUUGCCAAUAAACUUAAGCAGCAACUGAAAGAAAAUUGCUGCUUUAAAGAACGAGAAGGGACAUUUAGUAUUCAACAUUAUGCUGGAGAGGUUCUCUAUGACAACAGUGGUUUCUUGGAAAAGAACAGAGAUGUACUGCAUUCUGAUAUUAUUCAGCUACUCUCAUCAAGCAGUUCCCACCUUCCUCAGCUAAGCAAAGUGUUGCUACCAAAAACAGGCAGAAAUAUUUUGGAGUUUAAGAAGCAAAGUGUUGCUACCAAGUUUAAGGUUCAAUUAUUUAACUUAAUGCGGCAGUUGGAUACCACCACUCCACACUUCAUUUGUUGCAUAAAGCCUAACAAUAAACAGCUUCCUGGUGUAUUCGAGAAAGAACUAGUCUUACAGCAACUCAGAUACGUUGGGGUGUUUGAAGCUGUGAGGAUUUCAAGAUCUGGCUAUCCAACUAAGAUGACACAUCAAUGUUUUUCAGAUAGGUAUGGUUUCCUCCUGGAUAAUAAUGUGUCCAAAGAUCCUUUAAGUACAGCGGUUGCUGUUCUGCAGCAAUUCAAUGUCCUUCCUGAAUUGUACCAGGUUGGGUAUACCAAGUUGUAUCUCCGAGCAGGACAGAUCGCUGCAUUGGAGGAUGCAAGGAAGAAAGUUCUUGAAGAUACUGUUGAACUGCAAAAGUUCUUUCAUGAUCAUCGUGCUGGUUGUGACUUUCAUGAAAUCAUUCGAGGAGUAGUAAUGCUUCAAUCUUUUGUUCGUGGUGAAAUUGCCAGAAGGCAGUGUAAUGCUUUGGUGAAUUCAAAAGUUCUGUUUGCUUGCAAAAAUAAUGAUGAGCAGUUUAUGGCUACACGGAUACAAUCAGCAAUUCGUGGCUUUUUGGCUCGAAGACGUCAUUAUAGCCAGCAGAAUUCACAAACAUUAAUUUCUGAGAAACAAGAAACAGGCAGAAAUAUUUUGGAGUUUAAGGACUUGCCUUCAGAAGGUUUACCAUCUGUUGUUGAGGAACUUCAAAAGCGGGUUCUUUUUGCUGAGGCUACCAUUGAACAGAAUGAGAAGGAGAAUGCAGAAUUAAAAGAGCAAGUAAAACAAUUUGAGGUACGGUGUUCAGAAUAUGAAGCCAAGAUGAGCUCAAUGGAGGAGGGUUGGCGGAAGAAAAUGUCAUCUUUGCAGGCAAGUGUUGCUGCAGUGAAGAAUCUUGGUUCUGACAAUGCUGCGGUUUCCCCACCUCCUUACUAUUAUGAUUCUGAAGACAUUAUGUCUUUGGGACUUCAGACUUCUGGAGCAAGCACUCCGCUCAAAUUUCCUUACAAUGGCGUAAAUUUGGAAUCUAAUAGAGAGAUGAAUGGUGGUGUUGGUGCAAUGAAUCACCUUGUAAGAGAGUUUGAGCAACGGAAACAUUAUUUUGAUAAUGAGGCCACCGCAAUUUCUGAGGUGAAGGCAGGGCAGUCACUCCCUUCAACCCUAGAAGAGGAACUCAAAAGGCUGGUGCUGAGAUUUGAGAAUUGGAAGAAAUCUUACAAGGGGCAGUUAUCAGAGGCAAAGGCAAAAGUACGCAAACUGAGGCAUUCAGCAGCAGCAGCAGCAACAAAUUCUUCUUCUUCAAGUAGAAGGACAUGGUGGGGGCUGAAGACUAAACGAGUGCAAGUAUAAUAUAUUGCUUUUGUUUUGUAGGGGUAUGAAAUGUGUGUGAUAGAUGAAGUAAGGUUUGAAUUGCACCAGUUUAAGAUUAGUAUGAUUUUGUAGGAGGCUUCAGGAGUGGUUGUGUAUAUUCAGUAGUUACUAUACUUGGGUGGAGGAAUCUAGCUUGCCUGUAAUACUGUAGAUUGAGGUUUUUUAAUGUGUAUGAAUUGUCAUCCCUCCUUUAAGUUAGUUCAAUAGACGUUAUUAGUAUGAUUA